AUGGAGUUGCGGCUGGGGGGCUACAUGGCAGCGGCGGCUGCGGCCCUGCUGGAGCCAGCAGCGCCCGUCCUCCAGGUCCUGCUCCUUGUGCUGCCGGGCGCCCAGGGCCAGCACAGCACUCCCCGUCCUAAGUGUGACUGUGCCUACAAUUUCCAGAAGAGAAACAGUCUGUUCUGUUGCAAGGGCUGUCCAGCAGGGCACUACCUGAAGGCCCCCUGCCCAAAGCCUUGCGGAACCGCCACCUGCCUUCCGUGCCCCCGGGGCACCUUCCUGGCCAGGGAGAACCAUCAUGAGACCCGCUGUACUCGCUGCCAGGCCUGUGAUGAGGAGGUCUCCCAAGUGGCCCUGACGAACUGCUCAACGGUGGCGGACACCCACUGUGGCUGUGAGCCAGGCUGGUUCCCAGAGUGCUUGGUCAAGUCCUGCAAGAUCGGCUCGCCCUUCCGCUGCCACCCAUGCUCAGACUGCAGGGCCCUGCACCGCCACACACGGGUGCCCUGUUCUGCCAGAGAUACCGACUGUGGGACCUGCCUGCCUGGCUUCUAUGAAUAUGGCAACAGCUGCGUGCCCUGCCCCACGAGCACCCUUGGGAGCUGUCCUGAGCCCUGUGUGACUAUCUGUGGCUGGAGGCAGAUGUUCUGGGUCCAGGUGCUCCUGGCUGGCCUGGUGGUCCCACUCCUGCUUGGUGCUGUGCUGACCUACACUUACCAUCGCUGGCAGACUUGCAAGCCCAAGGGUGCUAAUGAAGCUGGGACGGAGGCCCUGACUCCCCGACCGGCCACCCACCUCUCACCCAAGGGCAGCACCCACACCCUUCUAGCGCCACUCGGCAAUAGUGAGAAGGUCCACACCGUCCAGUCGGUAGGCAGCGGCUGGACCCCUGGCUCCCCCCAGACCCGGGAGGUGCCCUGCCCGGAGGUGACAUGGCCCUGGGACCGGCGGCACAGCAGAGCUCUCGGCCCGCCGCCGCCGCUUUCGCCAGCGCCCCCUGCAGGCUCGGCGGCCGCCACGCUCCAGCCCGGCCCGCAGCUCUACGACGUGAUGGACGCGGUGCCGGCGCGGCGCUGGAAGGAAUUCGUGCGCACCCUGGGGCUGCGCGAGGCGGAGAUCGAGGCCGUGGAGGUGGAGGUGGGCCGCUUCCGCGACCAGCAGUACGAGAUGCUCAAGCGCUGGCGUCAGCAGCAGCCCGCGGGCCUGGGCGCCGUCUACGCGGCGCUGGAGCGCAUGGGGCUGGACGGCUGCGCCGAGGACCUGCGCAGCCGCCUGCAGCGCGGCCCGUGACGCAGGGCUCCCGCCGCCGCCCCCGGGCUCCGGCGGCCCCUGCAGAAGCCCUAAGUACGGUUACUUAUGCGUGUAGACAUCUUAUGUCACUUAUGCAGCUCCUGCCACGGCCCUGCGUAGCCGCGGCGCGCCCCGGGCUACUGGGUGGGGCAAAGGAGCGCGGACGGAUGUCGGGAGGGGGCGGGAGACGGCUCGGUUCUGGGCCUGAGCUCCGUGAGGCCUCGGUAUUAAAUCUGUGAAGAAGAGCUACUGCUUGGUGUUGCCGCGAGGCUGGGGUGUUAAGUGGCCCGGGCUUGGUUUCCCGGGGCCGUCGAAAGGGGGCCGGAAGUCUUGUCGCCCCAGGGCCGGGGACCCACGGUGGAGGCCGCUGUGGCCCUUGGCUCCCAGGCUGCCUCUCCCGCCCGGCCGUGCCCCAGUUACCCCGGAAGGGAGAGGAAGUCGCGGCGACGGCGCUAGAGCGUGAACGUCAGCCCCGGCGGCUGAGAGCUUUAAUGGGGGUGCGGAUGGGGGGGCGGGGAGGAAGCAGGCGGAGACACAAGUGCCCGGCCCCCGCCCCCCGCCCCCCGCUCUCUCCACCGGCGCCGCGGAAGGGUCCGGGGAGCGUGGGGCCUGGGUGGGCAGACUUCACGGGACGGGGGAGGGCAGACGAUGGGCCCCCGGAGCGGCAGCUCCGUCCCGACGGGCAGGUUGCUGUCUUCAUCGCUUCUCGGUAAACAGUCGACUGAGAGGAAGCCCUCGGCGGGGAUAGGAAAUGCGGCCCGGGCGGGCAGGGCACAGAUCUGGGUCAGGACGGGAGGAAAACCCCUUCCCCGAGCGUGGGGCCUGCCUCCGCCCAGGAUGCGCCGGCCACGCGGGUUCCGGGGUGCGGGGGAGGGGGCUGCAGCCGGUCGCGCGCGCCCCGCAGGGAAACAAAAGCCACCACCCACGGGGCCGGGGAGAGCUCUGGCGACCUUCAACGGGCAUGCAAAUAUAUGCAAAUGGGCAUGCAAAUAAGCAACUUUCUGCGUCAACAGCUUGCUUGGGCACUUUUUCUGGGCGACUGCGGCGGCGGGCGCGCUCCAGCGUCGCCCCGGGCUGGGGCUGCGGGGGCCGGAGCGGGGUCAGGGAGGGGUUCCAGCGCGGGAGGGGGAGGCAGGGCGGCUCCCAGCCCUUCCGCCCCGGGCCGCGCAGGCCGGGGCGCAGGCUGGGGCCCCUCGAGCUCACGAGGCUGCGGGCAGGAGGGCGGCAUUAGUACUUAGCGAUGUCCCCCUUCUUCAGGAUGAUCUGUCGCUGCCAGGGCGCCAGCUUGGUCUCGUCGUAGCCCAGCGUCCGCAGCUUCUCCGACUGCUCUUUCUCUCGCUGCAUCUCCUCCUGCUUCUGUCGCUCCUCUUCUUUCCUGGGCAUGGUGUGGGGGCAGGACGGCGGGCGAGUGUGAGGGUGGGCCAGGCACCGGGAGGGGCUCACGGGUGGCAAGGAAUGCGUUACGGAGGGCAGGGGCUGGGUUGCUGAGGACAGAGGGGCUAAUUAUUGGUGGCCAGGGCACUGAAUUCCAGGGGCAGAAGGGCUAGGGGACUGGGGUUGGGUCAGGAGGCACAAGAGCAGGGCUGGUGGGGGGCCAGAGGGGCUUGGUUGAGGGCAGACUGGAGUCACUGGGGCACACACAGGAGCUGGGUGAGUGAGAGGCUGUGGAUGAAUUAUUGCUGGCUGGGGAAUUACUGGAAACAGUGGUGCUGGGUCAGGGGUGUGGCAGAGGUUGAGGAGGGGGUGAGUUCGGCGGUACUGGGGUCGGGCUGCGGAGAGCAGAGGGACCACACUACUCAGAGGCAGUGGUGGGUAAUUAGGAACAGUUAUUAUAAUAAGGGGCUAGAUCUGCACUGCUGACAAGGUGGCCACCAAGUACGUGCGGCCACUGAGCAUCUGAAAUGUCAGAGUGAGAAGCACUGUAGGGGUAAAAUGCACAUGGCAUCUCAAAGACUGUUUUUUAAAAAGAAGUGAAAAAGAUCUCAUUAAUAACUUUUAUACUGAUUAUGUAUUGAAAUAAUAUUUUGAUAUAUUGGGUUAAAUAAAAUAUGUAUGUUAAGUUCA